AUGGCCAGCCUCUACAAGACUCAUCUUCGCGAGAUGCUCGACAAGUUCUUGCGAGAGGGUACCUCCUUGGCUGAAUCUCGUUGCAACCCCACCAAGGAAGGUUUCAUGGACCUCUACAAGCACUGCGCCCAAGAGGUUCGUCAGAUGGGCUUCGCAAACUCGAUUCUUGCUCUUCAUACUGUCGAAGCAAUGCAUUGGGGUUAUCUUUGUGAGUAUUAACAAUCGACCAGUCUGCAAGCCGCCACUGACGAGAACCAAGGGGCCGAGCCAUUUGCGUACGAGGUUCCUGAGCUACAGAAUUUGUAUAUGGAAUGGCGAGACAGCGAAGCCGAAGCAAAAGACUUCCUGGAUGCUGUUUGCACUGGUCUUACAGACACACCGCGUAUUUUGCCAGCACCCUUCAUCUUCCGUGGCUCUAAUGAGUUGGCCCGUGGGAUCGUCAAGCUUGAAGCACCACCCAACACAAGAGCUACGAGCCCGUCCUCGCGCACAGGCAGUCCGCAGCGCAGUAGAACGCCGGCUUUACCACCAAAGCACGGAUUUAAAGUUGAAUAUGACGAGAGCAAGGAGGUGGAGAUCAAGCGUGUCCUUUCCAGAAUCACCCCAUUUGCAGAUACCGAGCCGACCACACCAAAGAAGACGCAACCAGAUGACUCGGAAUCUGACGAGCAAUCACCACCGGCCUCAACAAGAAUCCUCCGUUCCAACACCUUUCGAGGACGGACUUUCUUUCGACAAGAUGGGACCACCCGAGUCAUCCGCUCGCCAUGCAAGCCUCGAUCUUCUUUGAUCAUGUCAUCGAUGGCCGAGUAUCGUAGCCUGUGUGAUACCGAGACUGCCAAAGAGUCGCCAAAGAAUUCACCAGAUGCCAUGCGUGGUGUUGUGAUGACGAGUCCGCCACCUGUGUUCGCUGAUCCCGUAGUUUCUGCUCCCGCUAUUGUUAAACGCAAGUUUCAACCCGAGUUCAAAGAUGCUACUCCAUCCUAUGGCUCUCACCUUCACAAGAAAUCUAGGCCCAAUGAAGAUGAUGACCGCUACCACGUUGACCAGGAAUCUAACCUCAAGUCCGUUGAUGGUGGUUUUCACUACAAUCUUCGCCAGGCAACAAAGCCAGCUGAUGUUGGUCUUCAUCACAACCUUCGUCAAGAACCUAAGCCUGCUGAUGCUGGUUAUCACUACAACCUUCGUCAGGAACCAAAGCCCGCUGAUGUUGGUUUCCAAUACAACCUCCGCCAGGAACCCAAGUCCAAUGAUGUUGGCUCUCACUACCCCCUUCGCAAGAAGUCCAAGGUCGAGAAUCUCAACCAACACUUCUCCAAGUACAAGUAG